AUGAACAAAGGACUUUCUCUACUAACAAAGUAAAUGUAUCAAAAAUUAAUUGAGUUAGAUGACCUAUCUAUUAAAUUAUCAGAUAAAAUGGUAUUAUUUAUUUAAAUUCUUGGAGCUUUGCUAAAUUUAUCAUAUUUACAACCUUUAGAACAACAUAAAUACAUAUAUAUAGUAUCUUUAUUUGCUAGACCAUAAUUAUAUAUAAACUCUACUAUUAUCGGCUAUAUUUUUCUUAGUGCAAAUAUUUUGUAUGUAAUAGGCAUUUUUUUUAAUAUACCUGGUAAAAGGCUAAUUUCAUUAUAUGGUGGAUUGAUGGUAACUAAUUUAUUAAAUUUUGGAAUGGAAAUAUCAUCAUCUCCAAUUUGCUUUAUAUUGUAACCAAGUCUGAUUAUGAUAUCAGGGCUCAAUCAAUUAUUCUUAUUGGAAACAUUAGAUGUGGAUAAUAAGAACUUCCAUUAAACUAAAAUAUUAUAUCCAGCCUAUCUUAUAUGGAUUAUAUAAAUCAUUUAAUCAUUGUUAUGGUAUUAUAAUUAGAAUAUAAUAACAUUAAAUUUGAUUGGAUUAUUACAAUCCUCACUAUAAUUAGUCUUUGCUAAUAACUUUAUUAUUGCCUCUAUUCAAUUAUACACAAUUAUACAUACUUUUACAAUAAUCUUAGGUAUUGCAAGUAACUUCUCUUCUUUGUUAGUUAUUUUUCCUGUUUUAUUAAGGAUUACACAAUAUAGAGAAUAAAGAAAAAAAAAAAUAGAAUUCUAAAAUUGUAAAAAUAAUAAAAGAAUAGAUAAUGUUAUUAUUUAAAUAUCAAUAUUGAUAAAUAAUAAGUAAUAUUAAAAAGCAUUAUGUUAACUUUAAGAGAUGAAAAAUCUUAACAUUUACUAUGAGAUUAAAAAAGAAAGAAUGAAAUUAAAAUGUUUAAAUUUAAUAAAAACUAUUAUAUUUGCCAAUUAAUCAACUCAACAGUCUUUUGUAGAUUCAAUUAAUAAAGUCAUUUAAAUUGAAGAAACGUCAUAUUAUUAUAUAAAAGAAUUAAAAAAUCUAAUGUUAUAAAAAUUGCAACUAUUAUAGAAUGUAUAAGAAGAAAACUUUGAUAUUUAUUAUGAUUAUUUAGAUAAACUAGCAAAUAUUGAAAAAAUUCUAAAUUCAUUAUAUUAAGAUCAUUCAACAUUAAAAAAUAAGGCUAUUUUAUUAUUCUUUUAUGCAGAGAUAAUGAAUAACUUUCAUUAAGCAAGAUUUCUAUCUCAUUAGACUAAUCCUAUUCAGUAUGAUACUUAUGAUCUUAAUAAAUUAGCAUAUCUAAUUUCAAAAUAUGAUUAAGGAAUUAAAAUAUCAGGCAUUUCUAACAAUAAUAUUUUCUUUAAAGAUUCAUCUUUAGGAAUUGAAGGUUACAUUCCUCCAGGAGUUAGAGAACAUCACAAUUCAAUUAUUGAAUAAUUUAUAGAGACUGGAAUCUCUAAAUAUGUUAAACGAUUUGAAGCAAGUUUUAUUGCAAAAGAUAAUGAUAUAUAUAUGACAUCGAUAGAUUUUGGAUUUAAUGCAAUAAUAACAGAUGAAUUAAAAUUUAUAACCUUUAUAUAAGUUUCAAUAGAAUAACCAAUGGCUAUGAUAUUGAAUUCUUAAUUGUAAAUAACUUGUUUAAGUGAAUCUUUAUCUAAUACUUUAAAUAUCUCUCAAUUUGAUUUUAAACGUAUUGGCUAUAAUAUCAAGAAAUUUGUACCUUAAUAUUCAGAAACUGAAAGUUAUCAAGAAAAUUUAGAAUUAAUUUUAACAGACUAAGAUUAAGAAUUUCCUUAUGUAACCACUAUUAAUUAAUAGAUAAAGUUAAUAAACAAUCAACCUGUUUAUUAUAUUUUAACUUUUUAAUAUAUUAGAAAAUCUAAUUCUAAAUAGAAAAGCUUUUCAUAAUUUACAUACUAAUAAAGUAUUCUUGAACCCAUUUAAGAAUAUAAAACUAGAUCAGAUUUUGACUUUUUAUUAUAAGGUAAUAUUGCAUAAGAAGAAUAAAUUGAUGUUCCUUAUGAGGAAAAUGAUUUAAAUUAAUAAUACUUAAAUUAUUUAAAUGAGUUUUAAUAGAUGGAUGAUAAUACAAAUAUCUAUAGUCCUGAUAAUAAGAAAUAAUAAAAUUUAAGACUUAUAAGAAAGUAAACAUUUGCUUCAAGAUUGCGAAAACAAUAAUCCUUAAAUAUUGAUUAAGAUGAAUAAUUUUUCAUAAAAAUUACAGAAAACUCUUAUAAUUCAAGAUCCAAAGAUUUUCUAUCAGAAUAUUAUGAUUAACAACUCUCUAUUUUAAAUAAAUUUAUAAUAGCUUUUUUAUUAAGUUUGUUUGUAACAUUUGCAUUUUUUUUGUUACAAACUAUUAAAGUUAAUUCAGAUAUUAGUCAACUUAUGAAUGAUUUAGAAGUUUUAGACUUUUCUUAACUUUGUUUUUAACCCAUAGAAAACACUUUAUUAGUAAUAUUUUCUUUAAGUGAAUAUAAUUUAUAUUUUCUUAUGAAAAUAAUUACAUAUUAACAAUUAAUUUAGUUUGUACAAUUUCCAUCAUCUUAAAUCUAGAUUGGUUACAAUUAAAUAUAUUAAAAUUUUAAUUUACUAUUUUAAUAACCAUUGCUACAACAUAUAUUAGAUGAUAAUCAACUUGAAAUUUAUCAAUACACUAAUAGUUCAAAGGAAGAAAGUUAUAGUAUGACUUUAAGAAAUGCAUUUGGAACCUUAUUAAAGUUUUAAUAUGAUGUAUUGAUAGAUUUCAAAAUGAAUGGAAAAGUAAAUGCUGAUACUGCACAUAUUUACUUUACAUUUAAAAAUUAUAUGCCUUUAAAAUAAAUAGUUACAGAUUUACAUAAGAUUAUAUUGGAAGAUACAAUGUUUGUUGUAGAAGAUGAUAUCUAAAUAAUAAUAGUUCUACUUAUUGUUAGUAUUGUGGCUCUUACAUUUCCUUAUCUUUUAAGUUAUUAUUACUUUAUUGGGAUAGCCAAUUAGAUUAGUAGAUAUUAUAAUAUCAUAUUAUAAUUGCCUUAAGGGAUGAGAGAAAUACAAAUUUUAUAAUAUAAAUAAUUAAUCUCAUAGAUAAAUGAUGAUUAUGAAUAUAUUGUAAGAUAUAAAUAUAAUGAAUAAAGUUUUGAUAAAACAAAAUAGAAAUAAAGCUAUCAAAGAGUCAAAGUUUAAAAUAGAUUAAAAUUUAAAGGUUUACGUUGGAAGUUUGGCUAUUUAGUGUUAUAUAUUAUAAUUCUUUUGAAGUCUGGAAUUUCAUUUUAUUUUAAUAGAGAAUAUUUAUAAGGAUAUAAAGAGGUAGCUAGCUUUUAUAAGGCAUUAUCAGAUUUAAGUAUAGAUAUCUCUUCAAUGUAUUCAGCAAGGGAGGUAUUGUAUUUCAGAACUUCAUUUCCAUAUUUGAAUAAUGAUACUAUUUCAUAAUUGUUAUAGGUAAUUGAUUAGGGAUUGAAUAGAACCAAACAAUUUUUAGAAAAAUAAUUCAUUUAUGACAAGUAUAUAAUUUAUAUAUUUCAAGAGUUAUAUUGUCAGAUGAAUUUUAAGAGUACUAUGAUUCAUUAGCAACAGGAGAUUUGUGUAGUUUGUUAUCAGAUGAAUUAUAAUAAUAAACUAGUUCAUUUUGUCAAUUAUUAUUCAAUGGUAAUAUGAAAAAUGGUUUAUUAUCAACUUUGACUAUUAUAACUAAUAGUUUAAAAUCUGAAUUGAAUUAUAAUUAAUUUUAGAUAAGAACUUCUGUCUAAAUUUAUGAUUUAGAAGGCCCAUAUAUAAUUUCUGGUAUUGUAAGCAAUUUGUAUUCAAAUAUGAGGCAUGAUAUGCAUAUAUAAACAUAAUAGCUAAUGAAAUUAAUGAAUGUAAAAUAUUAUAAUAAAAAUAUAAAUAGAUAGCAGGUAUUAGUUUGCUAUCUCUUUUGGGAGUGUUGAUAUUAUUUUCGAAAGUUAUCAUUUUUAAUAGAUUGGCUAGGAUGUUUGAAAUUAGUAAAAAGUUUAUUUCAUUUAUUCCUAUAAAGAUGUUAUUAUUGGAUGAAGGAAUGGAAAGAUAUAUUAAAAAUUUAAUGUAUAAAAAUAACUUAUCCUGA